GCGCAUCAUAAGCACACGACAAAUAAAUAAAAAAAAGUUGGGUGAACAUUGUAAGAACAAAGUAGUACUUUCAUAUUAUUAAGAUUUGAAUACAAGGAAUUUGGGAAACCUUUGGAUCACAUCAAUGGCUGCAACGAGACCGGUGCAAUGUUUGCUAAGAAAGAUUUGCAAGGGAAGCAGGAGUUUUGGGGUUGCCACUGAAGUUAACGCUUCCUCCUCUUCUUCUCAGAGAAUCAUCGACAAGGAAUAUGAACACAGUGCUCACAACUACCAUCCACUUCCGAUUGUAUUUUCUCAAGCGAAGGGAACCUCUGUUUGGGAUCCAGAGGGAAACAAAUAUCUAGAUUUUCUUGCUGGUUAUUCUGCUGUUAAUCAGGGACACUGCCAUCCUAAAAUCCUGAAAGCGUUACAAGAACAGGCAGAAAGGCUGACCGUGAGCUCUCGAGCCUUCUAUAAUGAUCGUUUUCCACUCUUUGCAGAGUACGUGACAACCAUGUUUGGUUAUGAUAUGGUACUUCCUAUGAAUACUGGUGCUGAAGGUGUGGAAACAGCUAUGAAAUUAGCACGAAAGUGGGGUUAUGAAAAGAAAAGGAUUCCCAGUGAUGAGGCUAUUAUUGUCUCAUGUUGUGGCUGCUUCAAUGGUCGUACAUUAGGGGUCAUAUCUAUGAGCUGUGAUAAUGAAGCUACCCGUGGUUUUGGUCCUUUAUUACCUGGCCAUAUUAAAGUUGAUUUUGGUGAUGCUGAUGCCCUUGAAAGAAUUUUUAAAGAAAAAGGAGAAUGCAUAGCUGCAUUUAUUUUAGAACCUAUCCAAGGUGAAGCUGGGAUAAUAAUUCCUCCAGAUGGUUAUUUAAAAGCUGUUAGAGAUCUUUGCUCCAAAUAUAAUAUCUUGAUGAUUGCUGAUGAAAUACAAUCUGGGUUAGGAAGAACAGGGAAGAUGCUGGCUUGUGAAUGGGAAGAAGUUCGCCCAGAUGUUGUGGUACUCGGUAAAGCACUGGGUGGAGGUGUUUUACCAGUUAGUGCAGUUCUUGCAGACAAAGAUGUGAUGCUUUGUAUACAACCUGGACAGCAUGGAAGCACUUUUGGUGGAAAUCCGUUGGCCAGUGCAGUUGCAAUUGCCUCACUAGAAGUGAUAAAAAAUGAAAAACUAGUUGAGAGAUCUGUCCAAAUGGGAGAGAAGCUAAUGGGUCAACUUCUUGAGAUUCAACAGCAAUACCCAGAUUAUGUGAAGGAGGUACGGGGAAGAGGAUUAUUCAUUGGAGUGGAGUUCAAAAGAAAAAACUUGUUCCCUGCAUCGGUGUAUGAGCUUAGUGAAAAAUUGAAGGAAAGAGCAGUCCUUGCCAAGCCAACACAUGAAACUAUAAUCCGCUUUACUCCACCACUUUGCAUAAGUGAGGAUGAGAUCCAACAAGGUUCUAAGGCCCUGGCUGAUGUUUUGGAAAUUGAUGUUCCAAAGUUGCAGAAGGAGAAGCCAAGAGAAGCUGCUCCAGUUGCAUCUAGUGCAUGUGAUCGUUGUGGUAGAGUCAUGUAUGAUUAAUCAGAUAAUGGUAUAUGGUUUUCACCUACCUUUAGUUUUCCUUGGAUAAAAAAUUAUAUCAUAUGAAGAAUGCUUUGUCCUGUGCAUGAAAACUGCGUUCAAAUAUUCCAUAUAUUAUGAAAUAAAUAUGCCACAGAA